GUCUCGCGUUAGGUUGCUGAAGUCUCGGUGGGUCUCGUGUGGUGUCCGCUGGUAGCUCGUUGUAGAAAUGGUGUUUUAGAGUUUCUCUUUUCGCUCAAGCAAAGCUGGAUAAGGAGGAUGCUGUGAGCUGUUGGAGAGGAAAGCUGUGCCGCUGGAGCGAGCACGGUUUAACCGCAGGGCUGGAGUUUCCUCAGCAGAGCUGCGGUGUCCGUGUUCGGCGUCGACCUGCUGUACAGGAAAUACUAGAGAAAUACAUCCAAAAUCAGGAGGGAUUUAAGGCGAGCCAAUGGAAACGUCACCUGAUUCAUCCCACACUAACAAGUCUGGCAUAAAAAUGGAGAAAGAUUCCGACAAAGCUAGAACUCACCACUGCUCUGAAUGUGGAAAGAGUUUUAUUGACAGAUAUAGUCUCCAAAGACACCAGCACAUUCACACCGGAGAUAAAUCAUAUCAGUGUUCCAAGUGUGGGAUGACUUUUAAUCAAAAGCACCAUCUCAAAGUACACCAGCGCCUUCACACAGGGGAGAAACCAUAUCAAUGCUCAGAAUGUGGAAGGAGUUUUACUGCGAAGAGUAAUCUCCGAGUGCACCAGAGAAUUCACACAGGCGUGAAACCGUAUCAGUGCUCCGAGUGUGGAAUGAGUUUUUCUGCAAAGAAUAAUCUCCAAAGACACCAGCGUACUCACACGGGAGAGAAACCAUAUGACUGUUCGGAGUGUGGAAUGAGUUUUAGUCUAAAGGGUUAUCUCGAAAGACACCAACGUAUUCACACAGGAGAGAAGCCGUAUUGCUGCUCAGAGUGUGGAAAGGGUUUUACUCAAAAGAGUGUCCUUAAAGCACACUGGCGUAUUCACACAGGGGAGAGACCUUAUUACUGUUCAGAGUGUGGAAUGAAUUUUAGGCAAAAAAGUGUUCUCGAGGCACACCAGCGUAUUCACACUGGAGAGAAACCGUUUCAUUGUUCGGAGUGUGGAAGGAGUUUUAAUCAAAGGAGUCAUCUCCAGGCACACCAGCGUGUUCACACCGGGGAAAAACCUUAUCAGUGUUCCGAGUGUGGAAUGAGUUUCAUUCAGCAGAGCUGUCUCCAAGUACACCAGCGCGUUCACACAGGAGUGAAACCAUAUUACUGUCCAGAGUGUGGCAUGAGUUUUCCGGCGCAGAGCGCACUCAAAAAACACCAGCGCAUUCACACUGGAGAGAAACCGUUUCACUGUUCCGAGUGUGGAAAAAACUUCUGCCGAAAGAGCGUUCUCCAAGGUCACCAGCGCAUUCACACAGGGGAAAAACCUUUUCGUUGUUCCGAGUGUGGAAUGAGUUUCGCCCUGCAGAGCAGUUUCCGAAUACACCAGCGUAUUCACACAGGAGAGAACCUAUUUCAGUGUUCCGAGUGUGGAAGAAUCUUUAUUCGAAAGAGUUGCCUCCAAAGACAUCGGCGCAUUCACACAGGAGACAAACCGUUUCAGUGUUCCGAGUGUGGAAAAAACUUCAGUCGGAAAAGUGUUCUCCAAGAACACUGGCGUAUUCACACAGGGGAAAAACCUUAUAGUUGUUCAGAGUGUGGAAUGAGUUUCACGGUGUUGAGCAGUUUCCACAUGCACCAGCGCAUUCACACCGGAGAAAAACCUUUUCAUUGUUCCGAGUGUGGAAAAAACUUUAAUCGAAAGAGUGUUCUCGAAAGACACCAGCGUGUUCACACAGGAGAGAAACCAUAUCAGUGCUUAGAGUGUGGAAGGAAUUUUGCAGACAGAUCUAAUUUCCAAAAACACCAGCGUGUUCAUACAGGGGAAAACCUUAUUACUGUUCAGAAAGGAUUUAUGUGCGUAGAGUGUGGGGAGAGUUUUAAUCGCAUGAGUAAUCUCCAAGUGCACCGACGCAUUCACACAGGAGAUAAACCGUAUCAGUGCUCAGAGUGCGGGAAGCGUUUUAAUGUACAAAGCAAUUUCCAGAGACACCAGCGUGUUCACACAGGAGCAAAACCAUAUAACUGUUCAGACUGUGGGAAGACGUUUACUGCACAGAGCAGUCUCCAAAGACACCAGCGCAUUCACACAGGAGAGAAACCGUAUUAUUGUUCACAGUGUGGAAUGAAAUUUAACCAAAUGAGCCACCUCCGCGAACACAAGCACGUUCACACAGAAGCGAAGCUGUUUCAGUGUUCCGAGUGUGGAAAGAGUUUCAGUCGGAAUUCCGUUCUGCAAAGGCACCAGCAUAUUCACACAGGAGAGAAACCAUAUUCCUGUACAAAGUGUGGAAUGAGUUUUACGGUGCAGAGCAGUCUCCAGGAACAUGUGCGCAUUCACACGGGAGAAAAACCGUUUCAAUGUUCCGAGUGUGGAAAGAACUUUAAUCGCAAGAGUGUUCUACAAAGACACCAGCGUGUUCACACAGGAGAGAAGCCACAUUACUGUUUAGUGUGUGGAAUGGGUUUUACAGUGAAGAGCAGUCUCCAGAGACACCAGCGUACUCACACAGGGGACAAACCGUAUAAGUGCUCAGAAUGUGGGAAGAGUUUUUCACACAGUGGUUCCCUCAAAAAACACCGGAGCCUACACACAGGAACGAAGGCUGAAAAGGGGGUCAUACAUUUACACUGUACUUCAACUUCCUUAAGCUCACAACAGCCGAUAAACCAGAAGCAGCAAAGUGGAAAGGAUGAAACGGAUCUUCCAGGCCAAAGUUUUUGCGCCACAUCUUUUUUGACAAUGAGCGAGUUUGCAUGCACGCAAUAAUCCAACGGUGAUCACGUUUCUGCAGCUAUCUGAUUACUCAAAUGGUCAUUAUUCAUGGUAAACACCAUGCUCUAGUCUAGAAAUCUGAUUAAGAAAUUCAAUAAGGAAAGCUGGAUUGUAGUCAGAUUUCUCAGUGCAUUUAAACUCUUACUCUGAUUUCUCAGUCUGCACAUGUGCGAGAACAGACAGCUGUACUGGAAAAUAAGCAAGCAGCGUUGCCACAAGAUGACAGCCAAAUACUUUUGGAGCGACACAAAACAACUACAUUCUCGACGAAAUGAGAUUAAAAAUAUUUUCAUCUUGUAAACGAUGCAUGUUCAUAUUUUCAGGUAAAGUGGUGUGAAGGUUUUUUAAAAAGACUUUACCUGAAAAUUUCUUAGUGUGUAAAUUUUCGAAGUGUGAAUUUCUAACUGUGUUCUUUUGCUUUAAGUUGUAGUUUACACUAUGUUUACAUCACGUUUUCUUCUGUGAGUUUAUUGCCUCGUUGCAAAGCAGAAAUCCUAUUAUUGUCUGACUCAUUUAGACUUGAAGUUUCCCAUUAUGUGAUUACUCAAGUGCAUAUAAACGCGUUGAUUGAAUUAGUGUCAAAAUCUCAUUCUGCAGUUAUUGGAUUGCAUGUAAAUGCACCCACUGUCAGUUGGGUACUGUCGGUGCAAAGUUGUUACAAAAGUAUUUGUUGUAUCAUUGAUUUGUAAUUACUGAUUUAAAAUGACUGAUUUAUUAGUAUUAGUUGAAGUACAGUAUCAAAUUUAUGCUAGCUGAAUGGAUAAAAGUAUAUUUAUAAUAUUUAAUCACCAUUUUAGCAUCUGUUUUUGGAGCAUUGCUUUAAAGAAUAUAACGGAGUGAGAGCUGGUCAGGCUAUAGACAGCCCCAACACGUCUGUAGCCCCCAAAGGUUAGUUUUAACAUGGUGUUACUAAGCUUCCAAAAAUAAAGUAGUUUAGUGUUUGGAACUCAAAAAUAAACAGAUAUUUUGUAAAUAAAAUUGAAUUUGAUCAUGCUUAUGUUCGCUGUUCUACUUGGUGAAAAUUCACUUUGCCAUAUCAGCUGCAGUCACGUUCAUUUGUUUUGCGUUCUUUGUGUUCUUUUGUUCGCAAAAUUAAUUUGAUUCAUAAAGGUUUUGUUUACAUAUAUUUAAUACCCUUUAUAAGGAAUGUUAUGACUAGCAUGACUAGCAAAAUUAACCUCAUUUCCAGGGCAUUAGCACUGAAAAUGGUGAAGGUUCAGAAACGGAUCUCCUGUAGCAAGAAUCAAUGGCAGAAUCAAUUUUAAGCAAACAGUUUGUUUGUUUUUUAAGCAAACAGUUAUUCUGGUGUCCGCUGAGACUAACAUACAGAAGAACUGCUGUAGGAAUAUUAAGUUUGAGCUCAACAGUUGUGCAAAUACAAGCCACAUGCAAAUAUUAUACUGUAAUAAUAAUAAUAAAUAAUAAUAAUACUAUAUGUAAAUUGGUCACUAUUCUCAGAUUGAAAGGUCAGUGUAAGUUAGUAUCUCUUUAAACUUAAAAUUAUUUUAAAACAGAUGUUAAAAGACAAGUCCAAGACUUGAAUAGGUGAGAUUUAAGACUGGUUUUAAAGAGUCCAAAGGAGAGCAAUGCCAGUUCAAGACUAAAAUGCAGCAAAUCUGUCCAGAAGACCUUUAAUUAAUCUUUAUCUUAGAAAAAAAAAAAGGUACUUAAAUUUACUUACUGAAAAAAUGUAAACGGUCAAGAUAUCUCCUGACUCUUUUCUGACAGAUAUGAAAGUCAAACUGAAGCCUUUAAAUGAACAAAAUUAACUGUUCCAAACAACAGUGCCCCCCAUCUGACAUCGGAAACCCUUCCUGUACUUCUACCUGCUUGAAUCGUCUGUUUCAAGAAUUUAUAAAAUCUAAUAUACAGUACAAUGUAGCUUAUACAGAUGAUUUGUGAAGUGGUUCAUCAACACUUUACUGCCAUUCUGUGCUAUCCAAUUAAAUAUCAGCCUUCCUACCUAACAACUAACCAUACUGUAAAAAAUGGCUCAUUUGAAUCAGUUCAACCUAAAAAAUUACUUGGUAAUAACAAGAAACGGAACUAUAUUCACUCCAAAAAUGACUUUGAUUGAAAGUUGAAGUUACUACAUGAACUUAUGGUAACACUUUCUAUAAAAUGUCACAUUUGUAAGCAUCUAUAAACACAUUUUAUAACGCAUUCAUAGGGCAUUAUAAACAUGGUUCUAAAUAUUUAUAAAAACAAAAUUACACUGAAUUACACUUUAUAGCUAUAUUUAUUAUGUUUUGAAUUGUUAAUAUAAUGUCAGUGCCAAAGAAGUCAGCCUCAGCUUGGAGAGCGUAAAGACAAAUAUUACGCCAUUAGAGUUCCAGUAUUUUAUUUCCCACCUCUGGUGCUGUUAGGGUUGCACCUUUGGGGCUUCAGUCCUGAAUAUUCAGAAAAUCCAAACAAAAUUACUGCUACAGUGUUCUUGUCUUAAGCAGUGCUCUCACUUUAAACAUUACAGUACAUCACAGCAAACGAAGAACUCCUCAGCCCCUCCUCUGACAUCACUGAGCGUGAACUUACUGUGGAGUGAAGGCCUGGAGAGGGAGAGGCGAGAGAGUGCUGCCAUUGUAAUUUGUUCCCUCAUUGGUUCUAACAUCAAGCGCUGGAAACCUUUACUCUAACACUACAGUACAGUAAUGCUCAUUUCUGCUAGCAUUCCAUUAGAUAUGCUGGGUUAAGUUAGUUCCAAGCUAAUGUGAUGUACAUUGACUUUCCCACUGUGUGUAAAACACUGAGGGCAGCACUAGUUUAAACUCUGACAUUUGAAGCCUGUAAUGUGCUUUAUUGUGUAUGUUUUAAUGUUUCAGUAAAUUCUUCAGUAAAUAUUUCAGCUUUACGCCUCACUCAUAAUAAUGGAGGAGGCUUUAGUUCAGUACGCUUCACUUUACUUAGAGCGGACAAAUAACUUAUGAGCUGUUUUAAUUUGUUAUGAACAGUACUUAUAAAGCAUUAUGUUAACAAGUCAUAAUGCAUAAUAAGCCUGGUUAUAACAUGUAAUGCAUUUUUAUAAACAUAGCCAUGUUUAUGAUAAACUACAAAUGCCGAUAGCUAGCUCGGUGCAAAUGUUCUUGUUUGUAAAACACAAACAUCUCGCAAAGCUGUCAAAUUCAGUAAAAGGCCCUUAAUAUGGAAAAAGACUACAAUAUGAAAAAUGCUUGAUUUAGAUUUUGCAGUCAUGACAGCUACAAAGUUCACUACAUAUUCUACAAGAGAAUGUUUUAAAAGUUUUAAAUUACUUCAGCUUCGACAGGAUAAAUAAUGACAUUCUAGGCUACUUGUUGAGGUAUAAUGACAUUUAAACAAAUUAACAUAAUGUCACAAGAUCAGUGGAAUGAUCUGAGGACAGUUUAAACAUGUGCCAGCAAAAAGCUAAUGAACUUGAGCGACAUUUGGAUUUCACAAAGAUUUUAUAUGAAACUGUUUACCAUCAAACUGAAGCACAGCUGCUCAGGUCUGUUUGCCCAUGAGAUAAACUAAAGCUGUUAAAACAUGGCUCUGGUUCACUCUAAGCCCAUGACCCAUUUAAGUUUCUUGAGUGUGGGUCAAGACGAAUUUGUGGGACUAAGAAGUAAGAACUUUUUUUUUUAAACUGUAGUGGGCUAAAUGUGAGACCGCAAUCGUUUUGAGCUCUACCAUUGAACUUAACUCUUAUGAAUAUUUGCAUGUAUUUUUAUAACAUCCAUUAACAAAAUAUGUUCAUAAACUUUAAUGUUUAGGAAUGUAGAUUCUUUAAAACCCAGAUAAACAUGUUAAUUGUGAUGUAUUUGAUCUACACACAAUAAAUAUGCAAAGCUAAAUAUUACUUCA